GAGUUAGGCAGUUUAUGACCGCGGCAAAUUUAAUUAAAAUGAGCAAAAGGACACUCUUAAGUUUUAAUGUACACUCGGGUUACAAUGAGCAAGACUCCGGCAUCAGCUGCUUUGAGCAGUAGUUUAAAAGAAAGACUGAAGAAAUGUGGUCGUUACCAUGCUUCCCCUGAGCCAGUUGCUAGGCAACCAAAGAUUUUGGCAACAACAUUGGACAAGGAAAAGACAGACAAUAAUGUACAUUUUAGACAAGAACCAGUUUUACCAAAUGUGAAACGUCAGUGUUUAGAAGGUAGAUCAAAUAAUGUAAAUUCAUAUAAUGAAUUAACUAGUAACCAUGACAACCAGUCACCAUUGCUAACAAAAAGGCAUACACAGUCUAAUCUGUACAGUAUAGAUUCAGAGGAAAGAAAAGAAAUAGACAAUACAGUAACAAAAUGUAGUACUGUGACGGAAACCUAUAGAUUAAAUAACCAACAACUCGAUACACGCUACAGUACUGCUAAUUGUUCAUUGAAUCAGACUCCGAUUUCCCAAAGGUCAAGGUCAUCUUCAUUGAAGGUCAAGGUAAAUAAGCUUAAUUUUGAAGAAGCAAGUAUAGAAGACAAUGAUCAGGAGAACAGUGGCUCUAUAAGUAAAACAAAGUAUUCUAUGGAAGAUUCUUCACAAAUUUCCAAUGAAAAUUUGAUAAAAUCAGACCUUGAGCUACCUCCAGUAUUGAAGAGGAAUUUAAUGAAAGAAUUAGAAUCAAAGGAAGAACAACUACGAAAGCUGAGGAUGGUUAAAAUGUACCGAUCAAAGAAUAAUCUGGAAGAAUUACAAACUUUGAUAGAUAAAUGGAGAGCUGUGUCCCAGCAAGCAUUACAGGAUCUACAUGCUGCCAUGCCGGAACCCAGACCAACUCUAACAGAACUCAUCAACCAUCUUGGAAUCGAUCAUGAGCUUCUUCACUUCAAUGCAGAAGAGGACGAGACAUUCUUUUAGUGUAGAAAUGUAAAGUUUCCAUAUGAUAUGACCAUACAUUUGUAACAUUCAUUGUUAGUGCGACUUAAAACCAAAGGAUUAAAAAGGUGUUAAAAUAGUCUUUCUUCAUAUGUUUAGCAUCCAAUGCAACACUUCUGUUACACAGUAAACAUAUAGUUUAAGUGACAGCUAUUAUUUCAAAGCUGCAUGCCUCUAGAUAUUAAAGCCAAAAUAUUUCAAGAAAAUCAAAUUUGGCAAAAAUGUACUAAGAUUUUAAGAACAGUUAAACGAUUUAAGAUGCAAUUAAUAAUUAACACGUUAUAUGCCAUUAAUGACUGAUUUUGCCAUAUUUAUCAUUAUAUUUCUACAGUGUGAAUUAAUGCAGUUAGUGCUAUUUUUUUCAUGUUUUUUUUUACUCCUUUUUUUGGUAAUUUAUGCGGGUUGUUCAAUGUAAAUACCAUUUGCAAUGUAUAAAUGAAAUUACUUUCUGUGUUCACUACAAAGUUUUUUACCUUUAAAUACAUUGUCAUAGAAAUAUGCAUGAUUCUGGAGGCAUGCUGCUUUAAGUAUGUUUAUUUUAGUUAUUUUUCUUUUUGAUUGUAAAUGUAUUCUCCUUGCACUUAAAUUUUUAAGGACGAUUUACUGGAAUCAACUUCUGCUAUUCAUCCCAGCUGUCAGGGUUUUUUUUUUCUUUUUUUUUUGUCUGGGGCUUAAAAAAGGAUAUAUCAGUUCGUAACUUCAUAGAUGUGCAGAUCAACCUUAAACUAUCUCGUAUCUCUUUUUCAUAAUUUGCACAUAGAAAUUUCCUUACUCAUUUUUUUUUGUCAGGAGUAUAACUCAAAUGGUGUUGAAGGUAACAACUUAAAGCUUUAUAGUCAUAUAGAUGAACAGAUCUCUUGGAGAAGAAGUGCAGUGUCCAAGAACUGUAACUCUUUACAUAAUUUUACAGGAUAGAAUCAACAUGAUUUCUUUUCUUUGUUUGAUAUACAUGUGUACUUGUUGUUGUUAUCUUUAUUUGAUGACAUUUUUAUUUUUA